UUUAACGAAAUAUCCAGGAAGCAAACAAAAGCUUCAUAGACUACACAGCCACUAUUUCUCCCAGGCAGCUCAAAAAUCGGUAGCGUGAAGAAACCAUGCCUGUCUUUGUAGUCAAUGGCAAACGCUACCGAGUGCGAUUCUUGUCCCUGCUGAAUGGCAGCGAGCCGAUCACUGAAGACCCGCUACCCUCCCCUAGAAAGCGUGGCAAAUCGGCUAUACCGGACGUUGCGGCGGACAGGACGUGGACACACGAAGAAGACCGGAUCCUCCAUGAGCUCAAGAGCUGUCAUAUCCCGUGGAAAUACGUUUCCGUCGCAAUGGGGAACAGACCAGUCGCGCAGCUCAAAAGACGAUGGUACUAUCUUCGGGACCGCAAGCCCAACGACGUCGAGACUGCUGACUGGGUCGACCAGCCAGACGACGAAGAGGGAAGUCCUUGGGAGGGAAACAAGAAGGGUGUGAACAAAUCCCGGCGUCGGGUGUCUUUCGCCGAUCCAUUGACUACUGUUAGAGAGGUGGACCAAAACUACGAUGACGAUAACGACGACGAAGAUUUAUCCCGGCACCCGAAAAUUAAGAAAGUGAGCUACAUCGAAAGCGACUUUACCCUGAAAGAGGUGCUACUUCUCCAUCGGAUCGCGGCCAAGUGGGAAAGAGACCGUUGGGUAGCCAUUAGCACCCGCUUCAAUGACAAGACCGGACACAGCCUUACCCCGGAGCAGGCCAAAUGGAUCGUGGAUGACUAAGCUGGCCAGAACGGGCGAAUGGAGACGAUGGAAGAGAAGGCCUGGUUCGUCCGGAGAAGCAGACGGAAUGUUCUCGGCAGCUCGCAGCGUGUGUCGGGAUUGGAAGGACUAGACCCUGGCAUGAAUGAGUAUGCGGGAUCGAUCGGCGUAGGGAAGUCCGUCGGAGGGGGAUAUUGUGGGUGUAGUUG